AGAAAAAUUAUCAUUUGAAAGGCUGUACUAGCUGAUGCGGCCGUUGUCCAUUUUUGAAGAUGGCUUUUCCUUGUUCUGGUGUCAGUCUAGAAUUAACAGACGCUUCUUCAUACAUCCUGAAUAGUUACGCAUGUGCUAUCUUCAACCUUGUCCUUGCGGUACCUACUACACUACUGAAUACAUCAUUCAUUGUAGCUGUUCUUAAAUCUAGUGACCGGGCAGAACCACAUCAAAUUCUGAUGCUGAAUCUGGCAAUAACCGAUCUCUUGACUGGAAUUGUUUCUAUGCCAAGUCAAUUCAUUUUAUUUCUGCAUCAUGCACACCUCAAAGACACCUGUUCUUACGCUGGAUUUGCGCAAACCUUUUCAUACUUUCUUGGAAUUGUUUCUCUUUUGACAUUAACUGCAGUUGCGACCGAGAGAUAUGUUUUCAUCUUCAAUCCACACUUACACAAUGCAAAACUGACGUCAUGCUUCCUGAUUGUCAUUGUAAUUGGCACAUGGAUGGCUUCAAUAGCCGUGUCAAUUUUAUUUUUAUUCAGCGGAGUGAAAAAUGCCAUCACUGCAUGUAUAGGCGUUCUUGCCUCAGGUGUCAUUUUUUUCUGCUACACAAGGAUAAUGAUUCGUGCUCGGAGAAUACGUCGUCAAAUAGCGGCAGAAGCAGAGCGUUUUGGACAGCGUAGAGUGAACAAGAAGGACAAAAAUCUUCUCGUUGUUGGUGGAUUGAUAAUAAUUUCAUUCUUUCUUUGCUAUUCAUUCGCUGUUAUAACAAGCGCAUUGAAGUUCUUCAGAAUUCAAAGUUUUCCUUUGAGUUAUAUGAUUUGCUGGAGUUGGUCGCUGGUUUUGGGAAAUUCUUUUUUCAACCCGAUCAUAUCUUGUACUUUUAACCCAAAAGUAAGAAGAAAGGUUGUAAAACUGUGGACUUGCGGGCGAAAAGGCGGAAUUCUGUGAGCGCGAUUCGAAUGCUGAGACUGUUAAAGCGAGAGGACAAUUGCCAUGAAAGAAGAAAAUUGCCAUGCAACCUAACAAGCUAGAAGUGUCUAUUCUAAGGGGGCUGCAUUGAUGGCCUAACAAAAUUUAAGAUUUAGGCCAGUUGUAAAAUGGUGCACCGUAUUCAUACAGAGGCUCUAUAAUUGGAAUCCCACUCAAACCUACUGCAAAUCAGACUUACAAACAAAUACAAAUACAAAGCCCAAUAUUACCUAGUUUUAUCUUGUCAGUCUAUAUAUCUCAUUAUCUGCUUUUAUUUCUACUGCAAAAGAUAAAGGCCGUGUUUACACGAUACCGGGUUACUCACGUAUCGGAUUACUUUUCAUAUCGGAUAGGGGUCCGUUUACACGGCCCCGCAUUAAUCCGAUACGUCCCGUACCACUUUUGCGGAGUGAAAUCACUCCGCUGUGAGAGUGGUAUGAAAAGUGACCCGAUACGUCCCGUACCACAUUCCAUCUCGUGUAAGCGGGUGAAUCCGAUACGCUUUCGCUCCGGAACCUCGUUCUGAAUCUCAAGGAAAGUUUUCAUCAACGGAUUCUACAUCUUUACCUUUCGGGUAACGUUCGCCAAAAACUAUUCUAUCUUGUCAUCAUUCGACAUUACAUCUUUUCAAUCCCUUCCCUCGAAAAGGCAUUCACUGGCAUAUGCCUUUACCGAUUCAGGCUGCAAUUCGACUUCUGCUUCCCCCUUUCUGCUUACAUUUUCUUCUUCUAUGCCACUGGCCAGGACUCAUAUUCUAUACUAAAGUGAUAAUUUUUUCCCGAGACCUUCCUCUCCUCAGUAGACUAACGAAAUUACCAGAAUUUUACAUUGCUAAAAAUCGAAACAAAAGAAGUAUGCUGCACAGUGAAUAGCGGAGCGUUGUCGUGUAAACAGGAUGAAAACGGUAUGAAUAUCAAUCCGGUAUCGUGUAAAAGCGGUCUAAACAGUAUGCUUUUCAUAUCGGAUAGCUGAGACCAAUCCAAUAGGAAAAGCAAUCCGGUUUCGUGUAAACGCAUCCAAAGAUAAAUAAAUGUCAAAUGAAAUAAAAGGACUCUCUGAGAAGAAACAUUCUGAUAGCAUUCCUUCAAACAAAGCAUUUACUUAUAUCAGGAUCUUUCAAUAGAAUGCUAAAUGAAGAGCCUGAGGGGAACUACAAAGCAGUUUUUAGAUUGAAUAAGGGACAAUACUAGCUAACUACAAAGCUUAAAAUUUCAUAAAAAAUUUGCUUAUGCAUCUACCAAGGAGUCUUUCCAGUUGUGAGAUUUCUUCGCUAUUUACCCAAGACCUGAUCAGAACUGCCUCUGGUCAUUUUUGGAUCAUAGACGAGCUGAAUCGGUGUCUUUUCUUGAUUUAGAAUGAGCGACGGUUGAAGGCUUGAUCGUUGAAAAUGUCAUCAUAGCGAUUUAAACAGUCAUUGCGUAAUUUUGGCAAAUCAUUUGGUGGGCAUCGAUCAGAUUAUACGUUGCAUGCAUAGAAAUGUUAUGCAAUCAAGCAAUUUUGUUCUAUCAUUAAGGCUAGUUUCAACAUUGGAUGAUGCUAGAUCAUCUUCGUCAUGUUCUAUGUUAUCCUAGUACCUAUUGGAUAUAUAUAAUUACGUUAUUGACCUAGCCUACCCAAAAAGCACAUGCAGUUGAAAACUGUAAUUAACUUGGAUAUAGAGACAACCAGGCAAGAUAAAUUCACAUGCAACUAUAUUUCAACAGACAACUUGGACAAGGAGUGCCACAAAAAUCAAUACUUGGACCUCUACUUUUCAAUAUUUUCCUUAUUUUUUUACAGCCUUAGUGAAGGGUCUUAAUGUAAUUUUGCUGAUGACAACACGAUACCUGUCACUACAACAAAUACUGAUGAACUAUUGCAAUUUGUACAAAUCAACACUAAAAUAUUUCUUUAUUGGUUACAAUCAAAUGAAGGGAUUGCAAAUUCCUCUAAAUUUCAAGCUAUCUCAAUCGACAGCAAUGAUAAAUACAUAAGUGAGUUUGAAAUUGACAAAGAAUUUGCAAUUAAAAUAGAGAGAAGUGUUACUUUGCUUGGUGUUCAGAUCGAUGAAAGUUUAAAGUGUGAUGCUCAUAUCGAUAAGAUCUUUAAAAAAGCAGGUAAAGAGUUAAAUUCUUUAGAAAGAUUAGCAAGAUUUAUGGGCGACAGAGAAGAAAAGAUGAUUAUGAAUUAAUUUAUACUAUGUCACUUAAAUUAUUUUACAUUGAUAUGGAUGCUAUGUGGUAAAGGAAGUCAGAAUAAGCUAGAGAAAACUAAAGGCUCUUGUGCAACCGGCAUGCUUUGCGACAAUAUUUUCAGAACCGGCCUAAUAUUGUACUGCAUGAAAAUAGAAAUUACAAUCAAUUUCUUAAGAGAGCUGCCGCUAAGCAUGCCGGUUGCGCAAGAGCCUUUAACGAGAGGGCAUUAAGACCAGUCUAUUCAGACUAUUCAUCUUCGUACAAAGAAUUACUUGCUAACUCAAAAGAAACUACCAUACAUAUCCAAUCAAUUAGAAUUUUACCCCUAUUAGUUAAUAAAACACUUAAUAACAUUAAUCCUGUUUUCAUGAAAUACUAUUUUGUACCCAAAAUAACAGGUUGUAACCUUCGACUCAAAAUCCCCCUUGACAUUCCAAAAGCCAGAACUACCAAUAAUGGUAUCAGAUCAUUAAGUUUUCAAGGGCAUAAAAUCUGGAAUCUACUCCGAAAAUCAAUAAAGACAGCACAGAAUGUUAGACAAUUCAAGAAUUUAAUCAAAACUUGGUCCCUUGAAAACAAAUGCGCGUGCUCGUUUUGCAGUAAGAAAUCUGUCUUAUGCAAUUCUUGAAACUGCUUUAUGGGGUUUUAUGUUAGUCCUAAUUAGUGUGCGUUAACUAUUGUAAAAACUAACAUUAAAUAAUCUAUAUAGCAUAAUAAAAAGCCACUCAUAGCAUAGCACAAUGUUGGUAUAAAUAAGCUUUAUAUGAUCUUUUU